AGCGCCACCUUGCGGUUAUUGAACUGUGUAGUGAGGUAUAUUACCCGCGGGAAUAACACACUUCUUUAAUUAUUUCACUUUCUAAAACGACAAAUGUUAUUUUUAAAUUGUAAUAGAGGGUGUUUUUCAUCUUUUUAGUAUAAAACGUCGUCCUGAUAUAUUGUACUAAGUUUUAAUUAACAAUACAGAUUGUUUAUCUCGCGCGUGCCUGUGUAAAAGUUGGAGCAAAAACAACUUCGCCAAUGCAAAACAAACAUGGCGGAGACCUAUCAAGAAAGUGGACUAUUAAAUGGCACUGUGGCACAUUCGUUAUCGGAUGAUACAGGUAUAGUCGACACUACACACGUGAAUGUAGAUAAUGAGGGGGACCAUGACGAAUUGAUUCGUCAAGCUCUUGCUGAGGCUAACGCUUUUGAUUCCGUUUCUUAUGCGGUAUCAAAUGAAGGUUCUGCAGUUUGUGACACAGGCCAGGGACAAGACCCAGCUGAUGCUGAUCUGGAUGGUAAUCAUUCAGAAUCAUCUUAUCAAACAAGUACUGGUGUUCUUCACCAGCCUUCGGACCACUUGCUGAAUGGAACAGCUGAAGAAAUUUUUUCAAAUGGGACUGGUGAAUUGCUCACAAAUGGGACUUCGGAAAAUGUUCUAGGUGAUGAGAAUAUUACUUAUGCUGUAAAUGUUGAUUCCUUGCCAGAGGGUCACAUAAUUUCAAUUCCAAAUGAUAUUAUGACAACUUCCAUUGUUUCACAAAACCAGACACAACUCUCAAAUAAUUGUAGUGACGCUUCACAGCUACUUCAAGAUGUGAUAAAGUCUGAAUAUUCAGAUGGCAGUAGCUCAGACUUGUUACAGGCAGAUUCUAAUUCCAACCUGACUACUUCACAAUCCAUUGCUGUUUCACAAUCAAACAAUAUUCACAUGUCUCAAGAUGUCCUGCAAAGUGUUAUCCAACAAGUCCAGGCACAGCAAAUGGCCCAACAAGCUAUGUUACAAAAUAAGCAGACAGAUGGUUCUACUGUGCCACAGCAGGAGACCAUUAGUUUCACCCUUGUUUCACCUAGUCCACAAGCAAAUUCACCACCACUUGGUUCCAGUCAGAACCCUAUCAGAAUAAUUCAGCAAGGGAACCGGUACACACCCAUGCAACAACUUACACCAGACCAACUCCAGCAGAUUAUGCAGGUUGUGCAGCAGCAGCAUGUCAGCAAAGCGCCACAAGAAAGCAACGGUGCUGUUAUAUUCAACCCUCAGACCAACACAAGAAUCAUGUAUAGGGUAAUAUACCCGUCAGAACUUCAUAAAUCACAAAAUUCUUCUGUUACAACGACCUACCAGGUUUUGCAGCCCACUACUUCAUCACAGGAGCAACAGACCAGCACCCCCCAUCAAAAGAGAGCUUACCGUAAAAGAAAAGAUUUAGCAUUGGUGUCAUCAAACUCUGGAGUUGAUGAAAUGACAGACAAAAAUGGCUCUGAUGCACCUGAGCUAUCCAAGGAAGAAAAAGAAGAAAGAAAGAAACACAGACCCAGGACUCGGUCAGGACGUGUAUCAAAGCCACCUAAGCAUAUGGUACAGGACUACAAACAUAUUCAUGUCUUAGAUUGGGACGAGGACUAUGAUGACUCUGAUGGUGGAUAUUCAGAUUUUAAACAUAGCGAUGAGGAAGAAAAAUCUAAACUAAAGCAGGAAGGGGAAGAUGAAAGCUUGGCAUCUCCAGAGCUUUUUCCAGCCCUUGGAGCUGGCAGACCAAAGAAUCACAAGUGCCAGACAUGUGACAAGUCUUACAUUGGUCAAGCUGGACUGAACAGACACUACAGGCUCAACCCUGACCACUGCACCAACCCCUCAGAAACUGGCAGCAUCUCUUCCCUGCAGAAUGGUUCAAUUGAUGGAGACGACAGCAAGGAUGCGUCACUACAGCCAGAUGGCAGCCUAUCUCAGAUGUCAGACGCUGCCAGAGAUGGAGCCAAAGUCAGCUGCAACAGCGUAGAGAAUUAUUCCGAAGAUUCCAAUACUCAGGACUCCAUCAACUCUCUAGGUGCCACAUCACCCGUGGCCCCCAGGGGGAGGGGGAGGGGUGGAUACAGGGGCAGAUGGGCCCAUCACAAACACAAUGCUCAGUUGAGGAGGAAAAAUAAAUUGAAAGAUAUAAUGAAACAGUGUACAGAUGAAGAGCUGAUGGAGGUUGUGUUACCUCGUCUGGUCAACAGUAUCUCAGUCUGGGAGUACCUGAUGAUGAAGUCAGAGAAAGGUGGAUCCAGGCCCCAGGUUGAUGUGAUCUACCAUGAGUUUGAAGCCCUGAGACAGCAUGUGAAGAAAGCCUGCACAGACUACAUGAAGCCACUGAGCCAGGAGGAGUUGGUGGAUGACAACCUACAGUGUAAGAUGAUCAAGGUGUCUGAUGCAAGCCUCGCCACAUGUCUUGACCUUGACACCGUCACCUAUCAGGUCAAGGAGAUGCCACCAGGUGACAGCAACUCCUUCUCAUCCCUUCACAACAAGCUGUCAGCUGCAGCCAUCACCAUGACAACCAACAAAACCAUCAAGGAAGAAGUGGAAUCAGUGCCUGUCAAGCGUUCACAGUUUUCUCCCAGUGCUGCAGAAAGUGCCGCCAAAAAACCUCGUUUGUCCACUAUUUCAACUCUGCCAAUCAACACCAGUACUUUCACAGUGACCGCACGCCUCCCCUUCUCAGAGGACGAGAAGGUCAACUACGCCAGAUCUGACUCCUCCCUCUCAUCCAUCUCCUCCUUGUCAGCCUCGUCAGCAACAUCUCCGCAGUCAGUGCAGAUCAGGGUGCCCUCAUCCACAGUGACCUCAUCCACCAUCACCUCUUCAUCUCCGUCCGUCGCCCAGGUCUUGACGUCCUCGUCCAUCAAGCCCACCCCCACCACUGUUACUGUUAGAUCGCCUUAUGUUCAUAUAGCUUGUCCGACCACCAAGCCACAGACUGUGUCGUACAUCCUGGCAGGGUCCAAGCCCCAGCCGUCACCCAGAGGCAACAAAGUGCCGCCAGUACCAGUCAUCAUCAGCCAGCCCAUUGUGUCCUCCAGCCAGACCAUCCCUUACAUCCUCAGCACCAGCACCUCCACUGCUACCCAGCAGAAGGUUGUGGUGGCCGCACCAAACAAUCCUACAACAGCGUUAGCCAGUGCUCAGCAGCCCAACACGCUUCUGCUGGCAGCGGCUCAGAACACGGCUCACAAGGUUGUCGUCAGGCAGCCGCCCCAGCAGACGCGGCUCCUGCUCAGCAGCCAGCCGUCUACGCUAAAGCCGCAUGUAGUUUCAGUGACAGCUGGUUUCCCGUCCAGCUCCGCCUCCACGACCUUGAGCAGCUCACGGUCCCUGCUCAGCUCCACCAAGCCGACUGAGGUCAAGGUCUCGAGGCAGCUGUUUCAUGAAACCACCUCACCCCCUGUGGCCACCACACCCCAUGCUAAUGGGCGCAGCAGCAUUAAAAUAUUAUCUGAGGUCAACUCAGUGUACCAGACCAUACCUGCCAGAACUGGGUGCAUCACAGUCAGUUCCAAUCAUUCAGACAAGAGUUCCAAGCUAGGGAACAGCAGGUCGCUGGUGACCCCACCCUCGGGUCAACAGUUCACCGCCAGCCCUAGCAAGGCAGGCUCCCAGGUGCUAGUGCCAGACAUGGAUGACAUUGAAGCCCUGGGUUCUAUGGAGUUCACUGACGACCUGGGUCCUUUGAACACAUCAACAGACAGUUUAAACGGCGGCUUGUCCACGGGCGUUGGGCUUGGCAGUGCUGUGGACAUGGCAGCUAAUUGUAUGGUAUCCGACAUGGACCACUUCACCCACUCCCAGGCAGCUGACCCUUCAGGGGAGAUAACCACAGUGGUGACAUCUGAUUCCCAGAGUUUCACCAUCAAUGGCAACCUGAAUGGUUUGGAAGGAAUUUCCUACAUCAAUGGCAGCUCUUCAGACUUUUCAUCUACCUCUUCAUCCUUGAAGAUGAAAGACAACAUGAAAAUUUUAUCUGACAUGACGUUCUCAACGUCCGUGUCAGACUUCAUCAUGUCCAAACCUUCAACCACAGUCCUCACCUCCACCUGUAAAGAUGUCCUCAACUCACUCCAAACCCAAACAUACAACCUCAGCUCUAAUGGUGUCCUCAAUGGUCAAGACCUCAAGGGGGAGACCAGUACAUCCAUGACCAUGGCGGACAUUUCGGGUUUACAGUUCACUGACCCAAACACUGACAGCUCUGUCCAUCUCAACGGCAUCUCUCCCAUCCUCCAGGCCGAUGACCAGCAGGACGACGCCAUGACCCUGCUCUCCCAGCAUUUAACUGGCGCCGAGGUGGACGGCCAGAUGUUGAACUCUCGGGAUAUGGUCAUGGGCGACACCCUCCCCGACGAGGAGGACGGUCAGCUUUUCUUGACGGAAGGUUCCAGCAUCUACCAGACUGAAGACGGCACCUUCAUUAUCCAGAGCUCUAACGGCAACACCUACCAGCUGCAGGGUGCCCAGGGCUUGCCGCUACCAUUGGAGACAUUGCAAGCCUUGUUAUCAGGGUCCAUAGACCCUCUAGCAGGGGAAAAUGUUGGUAAUGUUUUAUAGACCCCCCACACCCUUACAAAACCAACUCAGCUGUAGUUUAAUGUGUUCUGUAGAUAACACUUCUGCCACCAGAAGAUGGUGUGCCCUGGAGCUGUUGAAGAGGUUGUUUCUACUGAAGGUUGUGAAGUUAAUGUGUUUUUUAAGUUGCUGUUCUUGUCUGUACCUUUAUGGAGUGUUGGUUAUACAGCCACGAAAUGUUCAUUGUCAGCUGGUUGGUGAGCUGUUGUUCUAUGUGAUGGAUACAUCCUAUUAGAUUAGCUACUGCUAAGUGGUCUUCCUCUCCCCAGCAAUAAAUCUUUUAUCUCUUGCAUAUAUACUGUUUAAAUUAGUUUCUCAAAUUAUAUAAUACAAAUUUUCUAUACCAUUUUAAAUUCAAAUUCAGAUUAUUGUUAGAUCCCACAGUGUCAAAGUUUUGUCAUAGCUUUUUUUUUUUUUU